AUGUCCACCACCCCCUCCCCCGCCGCCAUAAUCACCGCAAUAACCACCUUCUACGCCGAAAUCGCGAAACAAACCCACAUCAACGAGUUCGACCUUAAAUACCCACCCCCCACAGGCUGGCCCACCAUCGACGUCGCAGGACUCCUCGCAAGCGGAAAAACCGAAUCCGUAAUCCAUAUCCUGCGCCACAUCCCCUACUUCGAACUCUGGUGGAAAAAUGCCAAAGUCCUCGCCUUAUGGGACGCGACUCCCAUAGAUUACACGAGACAACGAGGACCGGGGUUCAUGGAUGUUACUGUACAUCUCCCGGGCCAUUGUGUGCAUUUGACCGAGAUGAAUAGUAUGUGGGGGUAUAAUCUCAUCUUGGAUGUUGAGAACGGAACAAUAACAGAAUACAGCACCGUCUCCCCAAACUCCAACCCCCUCAUCUCAGAAACCCUCCCCCAACCUCAAAAAUGGCUCGCCCACACCCCGCAACCAGUCCUCUGGUAUUUCGAAACCCAAACAAGACUCUACGCUCGUCUCAUCCGCAUGAUCGUUCCAAAGGAUUGUGGCGAAUGGGUAGGAAAAUUAUUGUCUCGUACUGAAUCGACGAGAAUCACGAUGGAAUUGUUGACGGAUGAUUGGCCGUUGGAGGAAUGGAAGCCUGAUGAAUUUGAGAUGAUGAAAUUGGUUGUUGAGGGGGCGGGGUGGGAGAGGGUUGAGGGGUUGUGGUAUGCGGCUAAUGUUUUCAAUUGUCAUUUGAGACAUGGGUGGCCGGAUGCUUUUGAUAAGGAUGCUUGUCGAUUGGAGCUGGUUGCGAUGGAAGAUUUCCGUGAUGGGAAUAGGAUGAUCGAGUAG